CCGCUUGGCAUAGUGUAGUUAUACCUACUACAGAAAUAAUCCACGUUUCGAAAUCUAUUUUGACUUAGUAGACAAUAUUUUGAUAAUAAUUAGUACAAUUUUACAAGUAGGCUCAAUUUACCAGAUAAGUUUUAGAACGUUUGCUUUUUAUUUACUUAUCCAGUUUAUUUGAUUGAUCUUUAAUUGUCGUGAUAAGAAAGAUAUAAUACGCGUUACCUGUACAAUGUACCGUAUGAUAUUGAGUAAUUCGGUACUGUAAAUACCGGUUCAAUAAAAAAUAGUGAAAGUAUUAUAAAAGAGCGCGACACAAGUUUAUCGCUGCCAGUUGGCCGGGUGUUAGUGUAAGUGAUGCGAUACGAUCCGUGCAGGAUUAUUAUAUACUGUUUAGUGAAAGUAAAGAAUUGUCUUUUUAAUCCGCACGAUAUCAGAAUGACUAUAAACAAAAAAUUAUUAAAUGUCCUGCUCCUAGGAUUCGGAUUCAUGUUUGUUUUUACGGCAUUCCAGACUAUGGGAAAUAUACAAAAAACAAUAUUAGACAGCUAUAAAAACAAUGAAGAUCCAAAUUUUAACGGUGAUGGCUACAUUAGUUUAGCUCUUAUAUAUGCCAUAUUUUCGCUGUUCAAUUGGUCUGCACCUUCAAUAAUAUCGAGUACAGGACCAAGAAUCGUCAUGAUAUACGGAUCUAUAACCUAUUUGUUUUUUAUUUUAACGUUCCUGUCUCCAAAAACAUGGUUACUUUAUCUAGCAAGUGUGAUAAUCGGUACAGGGGCGGCUCUAAUUUGGACAGGACAAGGAAAUUAUCUAACUUUAAAUUCGACUAAAGAUACUAUAUCGAGAAAUUCAGGAAUUUUUUGGGCUUUAUUACAAGUCAGCAUGUUUGCUGGCAAUCUUUUCGUAUUUUUCCAAUUUCAAGGAUUAACGGAGAUAGAUAAAUCUACACGAAAUGUAACAGUAAUUGUUCUGAGUGUAGUUGCCGGUGUUGGGGUUGGAAUAUUUUUGUUAUUACCAAAACCACAGUUCGAAGAAGGAGACAUAGUUGAAGUCCAACAAAGCCCUAGAGACGCUUUCAUUGGAGCCAUUAAAUUAUUUCGUACAAGAAAAAUGUUACUUCUGUGUUUCACCUUCUUCUAUACAGGAAUUUCUCUAUCUUUCUUCAGUGGUGUUUACAGUUCUUGUAUUGGAUUUACUAAGCAGUUUGGAUCCCAAGCCAAACAGCUUGUUGGAUUAUCAGGGAUUUUUAUUGGACUUGGAGAAAUUAUUGGUGGUGCCCUUUUUGGGAUACUGGGAUCAAGAUUCUCUCGAUGGGGUAGAGACCCAAUUGUAAUUGCAGGGUUUAUUUUCCACGUAGCUGCCUAUUUUAUUACAUUCCUAAAUUUACCAAAUAAUUCACCAUUCGGGGACACAGAUGACAAAGCUUUUAUUACAAGUUCUCCAGCUUUGGCGAUUCUUUGUUCGUUUUUGUUGGGAUUUGGAGAUGCUUGUUAUAACACUCAAGUUUUUUCCAUAUUGGGAAGCAUAUAUGCCGAUAUUAGUGCCUCUGCGUUUGCAAUUUUCAAAUUUGUUCAGUCAGUAGCAACUGCAGCUUCAUUCUUCUACGCGAGUUAUGUACUUUUAACAAUUCAAUUGGGUAUACUUGUGUUUUUGGCAAUAGUGGGAACUGUGACAUUUGUUUUAGUAGAAUAUUCGGUCAAACAAGAACAAAAGGACGCUCAGGCAAUUGAAUAGAUCAGGUAAACAACAAACAAAAAAAGAAAUGAUUUUUCAUUCUCUGACUGGUAUAAAGACCGCUUAAACGGUGCGGUUUACUUCUUACCAUUCCCGUUGGUGUAAAGAUGCAUUUAGACUAAGCGAACGAAAUGUUCGCACACGUAUACCUACCAUCUUUGAUAGUUUAAUUUAUUGUCAUUUAAAUCUAUUUAGUUCGUUUUUUACGUUCUUGUUUGCUUAGUCUGAACACAUCCUUACAGCGAUAGAAGAUACUGCUCUUAAUGAUUUAUUUUGGAUUACAUAAUUAUUAAUAUUUAUGACAAUUGAGUCUCGCAUAAGAGAAUAUGAAUUUUUCCAAUUUUUUAUUCCGUCCCCUUCCUGUCCUAUUUAAAAGAACACCCUGUAUUUAUAUACUUAUUUCUGCUUUACACAAUCUUCUUUUUAGUUCUUUCCAUAGCGUAAUGACUUUAUCUAUCAUAGUAAUUAUCAUGAUAUAUUUAAUAUUCCUAUACCUACUACCUACGUUUUUAUUAGCCUUUUUUAAAGGUAAUUAUGACACAAAUGUACCUAUAAGACAUGACUGCUAGGGAUUAAGAAUAAUACUACUUAUCACAUGCAACUUUUAUCUAAAUGUAUACAUGUAUCAAUAUCUACCGAAUUAAGAGAUAAUCUGUGAUGGAAAAUGUGCAACAUGUAAAAAUGUAUUAUAUUAUAUUCAUGAAUUUAUAUAUAAAGGUGUGCUUUUGUAACGAAAUAUAUUAUUAAUGUAAUCG